AUGAAUGCCCUGGAUGGUGUCCCCUUCAAGGUGCCCAAGGGCUUUGUGAUAGGCACGGAGCCCCUCCCUGGGCCAGAGCUCAGUGUCCCAGACUGCAGGGAGCUUCUGCUGGGUUCUAUGCACGACUUCAGCCUGGAGAGGAGGGCACUCUUCUGGGUGGAGGUUGUAGUCCGGGGACCCUGCCUGGUCCAAUGCGAUGCCCCGGGGGCAGCUUCAGCCCCUCCCGCCUGGCUCUUGCUGGUCAUCCCUGAGCAAGGGCUGGAGCCCAUGCCUGCCGCAGCCGAAGGUCCUGAGGCCAGACCGCAGGAGCAUCCUGAGGAGGAAGAGGUGGAGGAUGAGGACCAGGAUGAGGAGGAAGCCUCCUCUGCCAUGGAGGAAGAGCCGGAUCCCUGCAGCCCCCAGCCCAGCUCCUCAGCGAGCCCCAGUCUGGGCCAACACCGGUGCUCGCUGGACGUGCUGCGCGGCGUGAGGUCGGAGCUGGCCGGGGCGCGGCAGCGGCUCUCUGAGUGCAGGCUGGCCGCCCGCCCCCGCAGUCUCCUGCACCGCAUCCGCCACCGAGCUCUGAACCUCUGCCCCGGCCCCGCGUCACCCCUGGGCCCGGCACUCCCGCUCUCCAGCGCCCCCGCGCCGCCCCCAGGCCCCGAGCCAUCGCUCCCCAGCACCCCGGCGCUGCCCCCUCGGCCCUCCACGGCUGGCGCCGUGCCCCCGCUGCGGAGCCACAGGCCCGCGGUUGCGUCCCUCAGCCUGUAUACCUGCCUGCCACCUCCUGGGCAGGUGCCCCAGCCUCUCGCCGCCCACAGAUUGCACCCUGAUUCUGCUGACUUGCUGUCCGCCCUGAGCCAGGAGGAGCAAGACCUCAUCAGGCCAGUGGUCGCCCUGGGGUAUCCCUUGCACAGGGCCAUCAUGGCUCUACAGAAGACUGGGCGGCAAAGCCUCAGCCAGUUUCUCAGCUACCUUAGCGCCUGUGACCGGCUAUUGCGACAGGGCUACGAGGAGGGCCUGGUGGAUGAGGCCAUGGAGAUGUUCCAGUUCUCCGAGAGCCAGGCAGGGGAGUUCCUGCGCCUCUCGGAGCAGUUCAGCGACAUGGGCUUCCAGCAGGACCGGAUCAAGGAGGUGCUGCUGGUCCACGGCAACCGCCGUGAGCAAGCCCUGGAGGAGCUGGUAGCCUGCGCCCAGUGACCCUGGGCGCACCUCGCGGUGCCCACGCAUCCCUGGCAGUCCAUCCUGACUCUAUUAUGAAAACCACAUAAGAAUAACAAAUUGAGGCAUAUUCAUUGUAAAAAUGCAAAUGAUGCCAAGGGUGGGAAUAAAUACUGUAAAGGUGGCAAAACUUUACCCAUCUUAGGACUUCAACUGGGGCUCUUUAACAAAAAGAUAGAUUAACAAGAGAAAAAUAAAAGUUUAUUAAUGCAUGCGGCACACAUCAUGCCUGAGAAACUUCAAUGAAAAGUAA